AUUGCCCUACGUUGGCCAGUUCGGUGCCAUACGCUGUUGGUUCGAUGUGUUGGUUUAUCGGUGUAAGCGAGAAAACUGGCAUUGUCGUUCGAUGGUGGAGGUCCUUCGCGUCACUCGGUUCCAUCGGUUCGAACACUUUCCCGGUGAUAGACCGACGAUCUCGUGACAGCCGUGACGGGGAAUCGGUAACUUGGUAGCAAACAUGGUUGCGAUAAAAGGACGCAAGAACUCGAACAAAAAUCCACCGAUAUUCAGUCAUGAGUUUGUCAUUCAGAAUCAUGGAGAUAUUGUAUCGUGUGUGGCUUUAAUCUUCGUAACUGGUCUAAUGGUGCAGGCCACAUCACCAUGGGCAUAUACAUUCAUUGCUCUCCAUCAUAAUGUAACUUCUGACAUAGAAGAGCCAACAGCACCGAUUAAAUAUGCAACCGGUUGGAAAGAUGCUUGUGCUAUAUUUUUCUACUUCUUGAUUACAAUUGUAAUCCAUGCUGUGUUUCAAGAAUAUGUAUUCGAUAAAAUUUCUAAACGUCUACACCUCAGUAAGGUAAAACUUGCUAAAUUUAACGAGUCUAGUCAAUUAGUUUUGUUUUAUGUUUUGUCUGUAAUAUGGGGUACAGACAUAAUUAUCAGAGAAGAUCUGCUGUUAAACAUGACAUCAUUAUGGACAGAUUAUCCCAUAUUAUUAACUUUCUCUUCUAAACUGUUCUUCGUUGGUCAACUUUCUUAUUGGCUGCAUUGCUAUCCUGAAUUGUACUUCCAGAGAGUGAAGAGAGAAGACAUAUUGUCGCGUGCUGCGCAAGCAACAGUGGGAUUAUUGUUCACUCUUGCUGCUUAUAUGUUCAACUUCCAACAAGUGGGAAUCUUGUUAUUAGUUUUACACUAUGUAGGAGACGUUGUGCUUCAUGGAGCUAGAAUUAUACACUUUGUUAGUAAAAGGGAGAAGAUGGUAAAACUGACAUUCGUUGUUGCAAAUUCGAUAUAUGUUCUCGUGCGUGUUGCAUCACUCGCUGUUGCAGCUUUGGUUUUCCUGUAUGGUUUAAGUCAAGUGGAAAGUGAAAUUGAUUAUGAUGCUGGAAACUUUAAUAUUCCCCUUGUACGAUUCUCAGCUUUAAGUGUCAUCGUUGUUUUCGAAGCGUAUCUUUCUUACGUCUAUAUUACAAGACAAAUUAAGCGCACUCGGGAAAAUACGACAACUGUACAAGUAGUAACGAAAUCGAAACAAAAAUCAAAGAAAAAAGAGGGGAAAAAGCCUGCGCUAUCAGAAGAUGAUGAUUUACCAGAGGUUGAUCAAGCCACUAAGAAAAACCUGAGAUCCCGCUCUUCCACAAAAGCAAAAUAAAUACACAAUUAAUUAAGAAAUUAUUCAAGGCUGAUUAAAAUAAUUAUUUUCGUUAAUCUUUAACGGGAAAUACAAUUUUCGAAAUAUUUAUUUGUCUUUGCCACAUGUAAAGUAAACGACAGAUUGAAUAUCUAUGUAUAUUACUUGAGACUGGUACUUGUGACGCCGCCUUCCACUGUUGUGAAAUUAAAUACUAUAGUUUAACUUUCCUAUCCACUGUAGACAAAAGUUACUCUUGUGGGUAAAGAAACAUUAACAUAUUGUAUAUAAUGUAUUAUACGUUCUAUUAUAUAACGUUGUAUACAGGAACAACAUAUUGUAACUAAAGCAUACAAGACAAAACAAUAAUUUAUUUCAAAAUAGUGGUAUAUGAUAUGAAAUACAUGGAGCAAAUUCAUAAUUCACUUAUCGUACAUCAAAUUUAGUUAUAAAUUACUUAAAAUGACAAAAUCAUUUUUAUUUCAAAUGUAAACUGUAUUUUUGUAAGAGAGUAAAUUACACAUACGUUUUAAAAAA